AUGGCAGGGAACGAUUGGGUGAACAGUUACUUGGAAGCGAUUCUCGACGUUGGUCAGCCACUCGACGAUGCUCGGCCUUCGCUUCUUCUUAGAGAGAGAGGUAGGUUCACUCCAAGCCGUUACUUCGUUGAGGAAGUUAUUACUGGGUACGAUGAGACUGAUCUUCACAAGUCAUGGGCCAAGGCUGUUGCUACGAGGAGUACACAAGAGAGGAACACAAGGUUGGAGAAUAUGUGUUGGAGAAUUUGGAAUCUUGCUCGUCAAAAGAAACAGCAUGAGGAAAAAGAAGCACAGAGGCUUGCUAAGCGCCGUCUUGAGCGUGAGAGAGGUCGCAGGGAGGCAACAGAUGAUCUGUCCGAAGAUUUUUCAGAGGGAGAGAAAGGAGAUAGCCUCAGUGAAUUAUCAACUCAUGGAACCAAAAGCAGGUUGCCUAGGAUUAAUUCUGCUGAGUCCAUGGAGAUAUGGGCAAAUCAACAAAAGGGAAACAAGCUAUAUCUUGUUUUAAUAAGUCUUCAUGGUCUCAUACGUGGUGAAAACAUGGAGCUUGGACGUGAUUCUGAUACUGGUGGCCAGGUUAAAUACGUUGUGGAGCUUGCACGCGCUUUGGCAUCAAUGCCAGGAGUCUAUAGAGUUGACUUACUUACAAGACAAGUCUCUUCACCAGACGUUGACUACAGUUACGGCGAACCAACCGAAAUGCUAACUCCACGAGAUUCUGAAAACAUCUCAGAUGAGAUGGGAGAGAGUAGCGGCGCUUACAUAGUGAGAAUACCAUUUGGUCCAAAGGACAAGUACAUUCCAAAAGAGCUUCUAUGGCCACACGUUGCCGAGUUUGUAGAUGGUGCAAUGAACCACAUCAUUCAAAUGUCCAAAGUUCUCGGUGAACAAGUUGGUAGUAGUGGAAAGAAGCCUAUUUGGCCUUGUGCCAUACAUGGACACUAUGCUGAUGCUGGUGACGCAGCUGCUUUGCUAUCAGGUGCACUUAAUGUGCCUAUGAUUCUCACUGGCCAUUCACUUGGUAGAGAUAAAUUGGAGCAGCUUUUGAAGCAAGGCCGUCUUUCGAAAGAGGAGAUAAACUCGACUUAUAAAAUUAUGCGUCGGAUAGAAGGUGAGGAGUUAUCUCUUGACGUUGCUGAGAUGGUGAUUACUAGUACAAGGCAGGAGAUAGAUGAGCAGUGGAGGUUGUAUGAUGGUUUUGACCCUAUUUUGGAGCGUAAGUUGAGGGCUAGGAUCAAGCGGAAUGUGAGUUGUUAUGGACGGUUCAUGCCUCGCAUGGUUAAAAUUCCACCGGGGAUGGAGUUUAAUCAUAUUAUCCCACAUGAUGGUGAGAUGGAAGAUGCAGAUGGGAGUGAGGAGCAUCCAACUUCUAGAGAUCCACCAAUAUGGGCUGAGAUAAUGCGAUUCUUUUCAAAUUCUCGAAAGCCUAUGAUACUUGCACUUGCGAGGCCUGACCCCAAAAAGAACAUCACGACUUUAGUGAAGGCAUUUGGAGAAUGUCGCCCACUGAGAGAGCUUGCUAAUUUGGCACUUAUUAUGGGUAACCGUGAUGGGAUUGAUGAAAUGUCGAGCACCAGUUCUUCUGUCCUCCUUUCUAUUCUGAAGCUUGUUGACAAGUAUGAUCUGUACGGUCAUGUUGCAUACCCUAAACAUCACAAACAGUCAGAUGUUCCAGACAUAUAUCGCCUAGCUGCAAAGUCUAAGGGUGUUUUCAUCAAUCCAGCUUUCAUUGAACCAUUUGGACUUACUCUCAUUGAGGCUGCAGCCUAUGGUUUGCCAAUGGUUGCUACAAAAAAUGGUGGUCCUGUAGAUAUACACCGGAUUCUGGACAAUGGUCUCCUUGUGGAUCCUCAUGAUCAGCAAUCUCUUUCCGAAGCUCUUCUUAAGCUUGUUGCUGAUAAGCACCUAUGGGCAAAGUGUCGUCAAAACGGGUUAAAGAACAUUCAUCAAUUCUCUUGGCCAGAGCAUUGCAAAACUUACCUAUCUCGCAUAACCAGCUUCAAACCAAGACAUCCUCAAUGGCAAAGCGACGAUGAUGAUGGUGAUGCUGAUGGUGAUAACUCAGAACCCGAGUCACCCGGUGAUUCCUUCAGAGACAUAUCCUUGAACUUGAGGUUUUCAUUUGACGGUGGAAGUGGUAACGACAGCUCCAUGAAUCAAGAAGUGAGCUCCAUGGACAGGAAGAGCAAAAUCGAAGCUGCUGUCCUAAACUGGUCUAAAGGCAAAGACAGCCGCAAAAUGGGAUCACUGGAGAGGUCAGAGGUUAGCUCUGGAAAGUUCCCUGUGGUUCGAAGAAGGAAGUUUAUUGUUGUCAUUGCUCUUGACUUUGAUGGUGAAAAAGACACACUUCCAGCUACAAGAAAGAUUCUAGAGUCUGUUGAAAAGGAAAGAGCUGAUGGAUCCGUUGGUUUCAUAUUGUCAACAUCUUUAAAAAUCUCUGAGAUAACAUCUUUCUUGGUGUCAGGAGGGUUAAACCCUAAUGAUUUUGACGCUUUCAUAUGCAACAGCGGGAGUGAUCUUUACUACUCAUCUCUCGACUCUGAAGAUGGUCCUUUUGUUGUUGACUUUUACUACCAUUCCCAUGUAGAGUAUCGUUGGGGUGGUGAAGGGCUGAGGAAGACUUUGAUCCGUUGGGCGUCUUCAGUUAAUGAGAAAGGAUCUGAAAAUGAUGAGCAGAUUGUCACUCUUGCUGAACAUCUCUCAACUGACUACUGCUACACUUUUUCUGUCAAAAAUCCUGCAGCUGUACCUCCAGUGAGAGAGCUCCGGAAGCUGCUGAGAAUCCAGGCAUUGCGUUGUCAUGUAGUCUAUAGUCAGAAUGGCACCAGAAUAAACGUGAUACCGGUGCUGGCCUCUCGUAUACAAGCCCUAAGGUACUUGUUUGUUCGGUGGGGGAUUGACUUGGCGAAGAUGGUUGUGUUCGUGGGAGAAUCAGGUGACACUGACUACGAAGGAUUGCUCGGAGGGCUUCACAAGAGCGUUGUACUAGAAGGUGUAUCUUGCAGCGCAAGUAACGCUUUGCACAGUAACAGGAGCUAUCCACUCACUGAUGUGAUCUCCUUGGAGAGCAACAACGUGGUUCACGUACCCUUGGAUUCAGAUGUUCGUGAUGCACUGAAGAAACUAGAGCUUCUCGAAGACUAA